AUGCCUGGCGUCGAAAACGCCUACCUCAUUGGUGUCUUGGGCGACAACCUUCACCCCAGUGGACGGUUCAUGGAGACUCAGUACCUGGGAUUCCUUCGGGCGAUGAUCCAGGCACGCGACCCCGCCACCCGUGUCACCGACCACGUCAUAUGGAGAGAAGCAGCCGACAACCUUAUCGAUGCGUACGACGUCCGCAUCCCCAUCUCGGUCCGCCAGUACCGGAACAGACGUGCUGUACGCCUCUACGACAACAUGUCAGGGAACGACCUCCAUCGCAGCGUGUGGGGGAACUUCUACGAUGACGAGAUCCUCGACAUCUCCGAUUACGGUGACUCCCCUCCACCCACCCCUGCCACACCCGCCGUACCCGUCGAGGAGGUCCUCCGUUUGUGCAGCCCCUCCCCCGUAUCCCCACCCGCUGUCGUCCACGACCUCCCCGCUGAUGCCAUCCCCACCCCUUUCUGUCCCAUGCGCCCCACCCCCGCUAACCCUUCAUCCUGUUCCCCAUCGCCCCCCGCCGCCUCCCCAACCAUCGCACCGUCGCCAUCCUGCACCAUCACCUUCCUCUCCGGGGGCUACUCCAACCUCAUUGAUCCUGGCUUGAACAUCGGCCUCUGGUACCCGCCAGCGCCCUCGUCACCGCUCACGGAGCCGGACUUGGAGUUGAACGAUCGGGACGAUCGUGCUUAG